GACUGCCAGAGUUAGCCACCAGCACUCUGUGCCUCUGGGCUGAGUCUCUCUCUUGAGGGAGACAGACGCACUGACAGAGAAAGUGAGCAAGGGAGAGAGAGAGAGAGAGAGUGAGAGAGAGAGAGAGAGAGGGGGAGAAAGUAAGAGAACAGGAAAGAGGGGAGGCAAAAAGGCAGGAAAAGUGGACAGGAAAAUCCAUCAGAAGAAAAGAGAGUCGGUCAAGAGUUGACAGAAGGAGAGGAGAAGAGAAUAAAAGACUGAUAAAAGUAUCAGUCUUUCUUCCUCUUCUUCUAUAAAAGAAACAGACAUGGCUGAAAACAACACAAAUCUCUUCCUGGAAAUACUUCAUUCUUUUGAUGCUGUCCCUCUCAUCAUAGCGUUCUGUGUGUCCAUGGCGGUUGGCCUAUUCUUGGGGGCCCUAGUUUACGUGAUCUUGACCUGGAUGUCCCGACGCAGAGCAGGCUCUGCCAGCAUCACCCGCCGCCCUCCUCGUCAGUCACGCUUGUCUUCCCGCAACCGCCCCGGCUUCAACCGCAACAGCAGCUACGACCGGCGCAGCAACAACAGUUUGGUCAGUGCCGCUUUCAGCUUCCAUCGCCAGACUUCUUCCCCAGAUCAGUUCGACCCACUGGGGCACAAAUCUAGCUUCAGGGCCUCCACCUUCCACCCGCUCCUUCAGUGCAGCCAAAUCGCCAGAGAGGCAGAGGAAGGUAGUCAGACCACGCUGCCUCGUACGCCAACUCUGACUACGUCAGCUGGAUCUGCUCAAACAGCAGCCCAGCAAGAUGCCACACCUCGUAGACCGGAGUCAUUUUGGGGGAACAAUGGCCUGAGAGGAUCUAAUGCCACACAGACCCCACCUCCAGCUUAUGAGAGCAUUAUCAGAGCUUACCAGGAGACCUGCACCUGAUCGGAAUGGGACUGCCUGGCUAAAUGGAUUUACAAAUUAUAUGGACUAAAUCUGUAUUGAUUUAUUCAAGCAGAAGAAGCUUCAGGAGAUUGAAAAAUGACAUCAAGGUUAAUUGUGUGUCCCACUCAAAACAAUAACACUCUGAAAAACAAUCAGUUCUGUGUGUCUUUAUGUUUCUUAAGAUAUAUAUAUAUAUGACAUAAGCAUACCUGCCUUUCACCAUUAAAUACAGAUGAAGAUAUUUGAAAACAGUGAUAUGACACCCUCAGCAAUGUGACAAUGGCAUUCUCUUAUUACGACCAGUCCGUGUUUAGUGGUGAUUGACACUCGUGUAUGCUUGCACAGCGUCUUUGUUGAGUUAAGACAUACCAGUGACUGGGAAUUUAUGCUGCAAGGCAAGACUUCUUCUUCACCCCUGCUCAAAUAACUAUGCAAAAGAGUGAGUGAUUGUGUCUGUGUAUUCUGAGGGCAGGCGAGCGUUAAUAGUAGCCUGCAAUAAAAAAAAAAAUUGUACAUGUGUUACUGAUGAAACUAUGGCAGAGACAGCCUUGAUGUUUUAAUUGCUGCCUCACUAUUUUUUUUACAAGACUGUGGUAUGAGUGUGUUUGUGUGUGGUAUGUGUCUGUGUUUGCAUGUACAGUAUGAAUGAGUCAGAGAAAGAGCCAAAGUUGGGCAUUUGUUGAAUUGUUUUUGUAUUCUAUUUUUGAAUGUAAUUUACUGAAUAUUUGCUCAUAACUUAAGGCAAUAAAAGCAAGAAUCCAAACCG